AUGUUAACCGCUCAAAGUAGACAAAAGUCGUAUGCCGACAACAGACGUAGGCCCUUGGAGUUCGAAGUAGGUGAUUAUGUGUUUCUAAAAGUGUCACCAUGUAAAGAAAUACGAAUAUUUGGCAAGAAAAGCAAACUCAAUCAUCGAUAUAUUGGCCCGUUUGAAAUACUGGAACAUGUAGGAACUGUUGCUUAUCGAUUGGCAUUACCACUGGAUUUUGAAGGGAUAAAUCUAGUGUUUCAUGUAUCCAUGCUCCACAAAUAUGUUCAAGACCCUUCGCAUGUGAUACAACAUGAUACAGUACUGUUGGAAGAUGGGUUGAAGUACCAAGAGCAGCCUGUAGCCAUAUUGGACUAUCAAGUAAAAAGACUUCGCUCUAAGAACAUCGCCUUAGUGAAAGUAUUAUGGCGAAACCACUCGGUAGAGGAGGCAACUUGGGAACUAGAAGAGGAAAUGCGAGCAAAAUACCAUAUUUAUAUAAAGGUUAAAUGUACUGUUAAGUGUCUCUAUGUUGUUGUAAUUCGAGGACGAAUUUGUUUUAAGUGGGGGAGACUUUAA